AAUACUUUUAUAUUUAUAUACUUAUAUAUAUAUAUAUUGUAUAUACUUUUAUAUUUAAUAGUACUUUUCACUUAACGCUAAAGACUUCGGGGCUCUACUACAUAACAACCGUUGCCAGGAAAUGACGUUGCAUAGUUACAAGGCAUGUGACGCCCCCAGCAGCCCGCUGACAAACACUUGUUUUUUUUUUACAGCAGAAUAGCGUUUAAUUUAUUCGACUUUUCAACAUAACGCAUACUUUUAAGAAACAAAAAUUGACCUGUAAGGUGAGAAAUACUGCUUUCCUGCGACAAUUCGACAGGGUCGAUGGGUCAGGAACAUCAACAUGUUAAACCCCAGUGAAUUAGAAGGUGAAGUGGAUCAUUCAUUCUUCGACAGUGAUUGCGACAUUAGUCGUGUCAGUCGAGAUGGCAGGAAAAAUAUUGAGAAAUGCCUGAAAGAUGAGAAGGAAAACCUGCCAGUUCAUGAGGAGCUGAAUAAAAAACAGCCUGACAACAUAAAAGGUGGUGUAUACCCAAAGACUGAAGGGGCAACAAAACAACUGAAGCCGGUCGAGAGCAACCGUAAUGACAGUGCAGAAGCAAAAGAAACCUGCUGUCUAUCCACAGAAAAAGAGAGGAGCAGAGCAUCAAGCAUAUCCUCUGUUAGCAGUUCUUCAGCUGAAGUCAUAAAUGAUGGUAGUGAUGGUGAGGAGGAGCUUGAUUUGCGAUCUAAAAGGCCAAAUGGAAAAUGUAUGUCUUUGUUGGCUGAGGAGGUUGAUGUUACAGAUAUGAACAAACAGAGUCCAAAACAGACUGGAGAAGAAACAUCAUCCAGUGCCAAACUCUCUGGCUCAAUAGGAGGAAAUAAACGCUCCCCGAAAAGACGAAUAAGAAAUCGACACACCAGAAGUCCAUCCCCCACUUCAACCGAGGCAAGCGUUGAUGCAGACUCGGAAAGUUCAGGUAGCAGUCUCAGAGGGAGAAGCGGUUUAGAUCCCCCCACCCUUUCAAGACCCAAAAAAUCUUUAUCCCCAGGAGGGAGAAGCAACCAAGUUGGCUCAGCAGGAUCUCGGAAUGUGCCCUUCUACCUUACAGAGGUAUCGGAAGAUUCAGUAACAGAUGUGAGCCCCCUCUCCUCUUCAGACUCCAGCCCCCACCGGUCACUGGAUCUGAACCAAACAGAGUCCGAAGAGGGACGCCUUACAGAGCAGCAGCAGCAUCCACAGCAGCUGCAGGAGGAGAGGGUGCCCUCCAGUGGCCUUAGCAACACACAUGAAGAAGAGGAAUCUGAUCAAGACAAUGAUGGCUACUUUUUCAGCUCAGAGAGUCAGCUCGGAGGUAAACUGGUCCUCCCCCAUCCUGGAGCGAGAAACAGAAAGAACUACUCGUUCACCAAUGACCAGGUCCGAUGUAUAGACCAAGAGAACCAGCGACUUCUUCGGGAGCUUUCACGCCUCUCUCCAGGACCCAGUGCAGGAAGUUCAGCAGGAAAGAAAAGUCACAUGUAUAAAAACUCACCGCCCAUUCGCCUCUCUCACAGCGCACUCAACAGGCAAAGGGAACAACAACGCAUUGAGAGGGAGAACCUGGCUUUUCUAAAGAGGCUGGAGUCUGUCAAACCUACACCUGGUCUAAAGCGCUCAGAACAACUGGCAGACUACCAGCGACAAAUAGAGUACCUGGGAGGUCCUUCUUACCCUGAUUUUACGUCCACAAUGAAGGAGAGCUUUACCAGCAAGACACCUUCAGGUCCCAGGCCAGUCACUUCUGUCCACCGCAGCUCCAGACCAGUUUCUACUCUUGCUGACUCUAGACCGCAUACAAGGUCAAACAAGCCAAGUUCAGCAAGACCAGCAUGGAGCUGAGAACUCUUGAGGAUAUCAGUUCUCUAACAAACUAUCGCUGGUUCCCUUUAGAGGUAUCUACUGUUUCCUUUCUUCAUGAAAGUUG